AUGAUAUUCUUCAUUGAAGGAUCUUCACAAUCUUCUAUAAAACAAUGGAUAGCCAAAGCUAAUGUGCAUAUUGAUUCAAGUGCUAUCUCUGCUGGCACUAUAACAUUUAUUCAGGAAGAUUUACCUCUAGCAUCUGUUCGUGUAAUUGGGAAAUUGAAUUUAACAUCAAAUAAAAAAUAUCUUGGAUUUCAUGUACACAUGUUUAGCUUACCGGAUGAUCAAUGGAAUUGUUCUUACGCUGGUCCUCAUUGGAAUCCAUAUGGUACUCAUUUACAUAAUUUAACAAAAAGUUCGAUUUUGGAUAAAUCGAUUGUUAUUCAUCAAGAUGAAGAUGAUCUCGGUCGUGGCAAUCACUCAGAUAGUCAUACAACAGGACAUGCUGGUGAUCGUAUUGCAUGUGGAAAUAUUCGUUUAGUCGAUUCAGGUUUGCUACCUUUACUUUUUUGA